GUCCCUCUCCCUUCUGCUGCUGUUCAGCACUGAGAUGCCUGUUGCUGGUGCAUCUUGAAGAAGCUUAGAGAGGAUCAGAAGGUUCUGCGCAGGGAGGAGAGACCCAUUUACAGCUGGGUGUUAAAGGAAUCAGAGCGUUCAAUGAACUGACACAUUUACAAUGGGAAAGGACGUCUGGCGAGCAUGCCUCCAACUCUGCUUUAUUGCCAUUGUGGUCUCCAGAAGAAGGGAAGGAAGAGCAGAAUUUCCUGGCAACCUGAGCUGCUUGAAUAACUACCUCUACCGAAUAGACUGUACAUGGGAGACAGACGGAAGAGUGGGGGAUGGACCCUUUCACGUGCAUUUCACAAACGCCGUCACGCUGGAUGAGAAUUACAGCUGCACACUGACUGCCAGAGAUGAGCUGCACAGCCAGCAUCACUGCACAAUUAACACGGCGGAGAGGUUCACACAGCAGGACAAUUACAGCAUCUUGCUACAAGGUGGUUUCUCUGGGAGGAAUCGCACAUACGUUGCUUUCCCGGAAUAUGAACCCAGUCUGAACAUUAAGUGUGAUCCCCCCUUCAACCUGCAGAGCAACAUCAGUGCCAGUAAGUGCCAGCUCUGGUGGAGUGUGCCAUGGAGUCUAGAGAAUAUUCUUCAGUAUGAAUUGGAGUAUAAGGAACACAAUACAUCCUGGGAGCAGGCACAGCACAAACAGCUGUUCAACUCAGUGACAAAGGUAGAAAUCGAGGCUAUGGAGUUUGAAGCAGGCAUCAUUUAUACUGCGAGAGUUCGCUGCAAAACUUCCCAAGCAGAGGAAGGUUAUAAAAGUCAGUGGAGUGAGUGGAGCCAGACAACUGAAUUUCAAAGAGCAGCCCCCCCAGGUUUUUCACAGGUCCCCAAAAAGUUCUUUCACAGAAGCAUGAUACAGAUUUUGUUCAUUCCUCUAUGUCUUGGUGUCAUACUCUACAUAAUUUUGAACUUCAAGCUUUCCUUAAGGGCAAAGAACAUCUUCUGCCUGAACGUUCCCACCCCGGCUGCUUUCUUCCAGCCUCUCUACACCUUGCACAAUGGGAAUUUUAAGGACUGGAUUGGACCUAAUGAGACAUGUGGCCAGCUCAGAAGAGAUGACGCUAACAACCCAGGCAAAGUGACUAUGGAUGGAGUUCCUGGUCUAAGUGCUCAUGAUGUCAUUUCCCAGCUCUCCUUCAAGUCACUGGCAAAGACCAAAAUCAUUCCUCAGGAGGACCCUUGUGGCCCUGCCUCCAGGCCCGACCAGCAGUACCUCCAGAGCAGGUAUGUGAGUGUGGAAGAGGUGGAAGCCAGGCUGCCAUCAUUGUUCCUACAAAACCACGCCGAUGACGCAGGUGCCCUGGACUUCUCUGAAAGAAGCGACACCAACCUUGGCAGCCCAGACAUGAGUGGGAACCAUCCCCCAUAUUUACGGGACAGUCAGGGUGACUUCUUUAUGCCACAGGAGUCUCUGGAGCUGGAAAGUUUGUCCUUCUGUAGUAAUGACUAUUGCACCCUGUGCGGCAGUUACUGCGCAGGUGGUCCAAUUCCUGCUGAACUGCUGCAGCUCACCGAGGAGGACGGUCAGGUCAAGCAUUAGAUUGAUGGGAAUGACAGACUCUCACUGAAAGCUGCUGCAGAUACAAGUCACCAGGUCUGCCACAUCCACCCGCUGGCCCAUCUGAACCCCUUGUGCAGUUACAGGCUCCAUUAAACUUUGGGCCAGAUCUGGAAAUCCUUUCUUAAAAGCAAGUUAUGUCCAGUCCCUGCACAGUUGGCCCAAAGAGGGCAGGCACAAGAAGCCCCCUUCCCUUGCUGCCCCCCUCAGCGCAGGGGGUGAGCACAAUCACGGUUUCUGUGACCAGGUGAGCCAGGUCUGUGCCAACCUAGCAACAUGCUAGGCUCCCCAAGAGAGGCCGUACCAUGUCUUUCCCCCACACCAGCCAUGGAGCUGACUGGUAGCAGAACUCCUCAUGCACCCUCUGGAGGGAUGUGGCAGAAGGCACACCCUCCCUUUGUGCCUCCCUGGGGCAGAGCUGCGCUGCAGUGCCCCCAGAGCACCUCCCUAACCGCCGCUCUUACUAAUCAACCACCCAGUGGCUUCAUAUUCUGUACCCCAGACAGAGCUCCUGCUGUGCUGAGAUCAGGGUGAAGUCAGACACAAACAGCAAACCCUGCACCAGGCUUACACACAUUUCAAAUAUGGUGUCGCUCUUAGAACCACGUAUGAUGCUUGGUGAAAAAUAAUGCUCUUCCAGCGAUGGACACUAGUGAGAUGCUGCAUUUUCUGCUCCUUUUAAACUGCACCUGAGUUCACAAGCAUGCCUAUAAUGUCUUUAUAUACUGUGUUUUGCUGUUUACGAGCCUGGUAACUUUCUAGCUUACAUUAAACCCAGUGCCUUGCUUAUGA